AUGUCUGAUUCCCGGAAAGCACGGCAAGACUCGAAGCCUCCACCAGAAGUCAAGCCGCGCGGUGCGAACAGGUCGACGAAGGUCGCUGGGAAGCUCAAGGUCCUGCCAGAGCAGCCGGAAAGUCUUCCAGUUCUAGGCACCAAAUCACCUAUUUUGCAUCAUAAGCCCCCAAAGGAUCAGGCGAGUAGUUCUGGAACAACCGGGGACAGUGAUGAAGGUGAUGUGGAGGAGAACGACGAGUCUCAAGAAGAGGACGUUGAAGUAUAUAACCAAAUAUCUCUCAUACCCGAGGGAACAGCUCGCAGAGAUGCUUUGCGGCUGACGAAGAAGAAGGCGAAAUCCCUGCCUCGAGUGACAGCCUAUGCCACGGCAAGCUCCUACCGGAUGAGUGAUUUGAUGAAGUUUUUUAGCGCCAGGCGGAGUGCAUACCACACAGACCCUAAGCUAAUUGACGAUGCGAUCUAUACCCCAUAUCUUUAUGACCCACCUCUCACCCAUCCAGAAAGCCGGCAGCCUCAGACAACCGCACCCACUGGCGACCUACUGGGCAUUCCUGAACUCAGAGGGGAUGGAGAAGAUCACCCGGAGGACCUUAAAAAGAAACGCAAGGCAAGCAAGUUUGAUACCACCGCCACAGAAGCUGAGAUAUUCAUGUUCAACUAUGGCACUGUGGUGAUUUGGGGCAUGACAGAAGCUCAAGAAAAAAGAUUCCUGUCGUCCAUAAAACGUUUUGAGAUCGAGAAAUUAGCACCCGAAGACGUAGAAAUGGAAGACUUGAACUACUAUUAUGCGAACUACAGUCGGAUUUACAACGAUGUUAUAACGCUCCGAAAAGGAUCUAGCUAUAUGACCAAGCUCUCCUUAUCGCAUGCACUCUCGCAAUCAGUAAAAAUAUCAUUGUUCGAAGAGCUGAUUUCCUCCAAAAUCGAGGAGACGAAGGACAUACCGGAGGUCAUUAGUGAGACAGGCAAGAUCGGCAUGCCCCACAAAGAGAUCAUGCAGAAAAUUGGGCAGCUGUUCCUCCUCCGGACAAACAUAAAUUCCGUUGGGUCGGUGCUGGACUCGCCUGAAGUCUUCUGGAGCUACCCCGAUCUCCAGCCCCUGUAUGAUGCAGCCCGGAGUUAUCUUGAAAUCCCGCAAAGAAUUAAUCUGUUGAAUACGCGUGUAGAGGUCCUUCAAGAUAUGCUUCAACUGUUGAAAGAAUCAGUAUCAAGUAAGCAUUCUGAACGGCUCGAGCAAAUUGUCAUUUUAUUGAUCGGUAUCGAAAUCGUUCUCGGCAUCAUCACCAUCCUUGUCGACUUGAUGGCGGCUGGUUAA